AUGCCGGGGCCUUCCACCGUCAUAGCGUCUACAUCGGUUCCGAUCAGUUCAGCUCACAAUUCAAAAAUGUUGAGAUACAAGGCGGUGAAAGCUACGGCCCAGCGAAGGCCAAGAAGAGGGACAUCCCAGAACGGGAUAAAAGCUCUCGGCAAGGGUAACGGAGAGGUGCCUGGACUUACAGAGGCCAUCAGUGGACAGUCUACUAGGCCACCAUUUAGAGAUCUUCUGGAUUACUUACAAGCUCUAUCUCCAUCGAGGGAGGUUACUGCUGCACUUCUCCCACCUCUGCGUGAUUCUGUGAAAUCUGAGCUCGACAAACUGAUGGAGGCUAAGGAUCAGGCCUUGAAUUUGUAUAACAGCAUGAAGGCUGAGAGAGCUCAGUUUGCAAUAAAAGAAAAAGAAUACAAGGAGAAGCUUAACAUGAUGGGAUUUGAGUUGAACUCGAGGCUAGAGAUAGAGGAGAAGUGGAUGGGGAAGAUUAGAGCUCUGAGGGAGGAGGCCGAUCGUAGGGCUAAGGUUGAGAAGAAGAGGAUUGAGGAAGAGAGAGUUCGGACUGAGGAGGCUGUGGAGAAGGUACGGGAGGCAAAUGAGAGAGCAAGAGAGGCGAUGCGUAGAGUUGAGGAGGCUGAAUCUAGGGCUGCGAGGGCAGUGGAGACUUGGAGGUCGUCCUCCAAAUUUGAUGCUCUUGCUCAGGAUGCUUACAUCGUGGUUAUGGAGGAAGUAGUAAAACACAUUCGCAGAAAGAGGCUAGGGUUUGACAUGGGUUUCUUUGAGGAGGCUGUGGAAGAGCAGAAGGAAGAGCUUCAGCGUUUGUCGGAGGCGACAGGAGUUCGAAUUUCUUCUGCUAAUGAAGAUGAUGUCGCUCAUUGCGAAGACCUCCCUUCCCCUAGUAUUGUUUGUGCUGGAAGAUGA